AUGAGAAGACAAUUCAGGAAUUACAGAGAGCUUCAACAAUCAUCAUUAUUUUCCAUAGAUGUUGUGAUCACCAGGGGUAAAAAAAUCAAAAACUUAUUCAAACACUAUACAGGUGUUACAUAUGUGAGAUUUCUCACACUACUAACAUUUCUGCUACCCCAAGGAGAGGACAUUGAUUAUUCAUCAGGGAGAAAAGACAUCAAGAGACUUAAACCUCAGGAUGCAUUAUUGCUUACUCUCUGUCGGUUAAGGCAUGGGUUUGGACUUAAAGACAUUGCAGUUCGCUUUGGACUAAGUCCUCAGUCAGCAGGUAUCAUUUUCAACACAUGGCUUGAUCUGUUAUAUUUCAAGCUAGGGCAGAUUCCAAUAUGGCCACAUAGGGAUGAUAUAAUACAACAUAUGCCUGUAAAAUACCGUAGAGACUAUCCAACAACAUUAAUUAUCAUUGAUGGGACAGAAGUCAAAACACAGACCCCAUGUGCUGUAAGUUUGCAAAGUCAAGUCUACAGUGAUUACAAGUCCUCUUCUACUCUUAAGGGUUUGAUUGGAUGUGAUCCAAAUGGAAGCUUAAUGUUUGUUUCAGAACUAUUUACUGGUUCAAUAUCUGAUAAAGCAAUCACUGAACAGUCUGGGUUUUAUGAUGUCAUUAAGUCAAUGAAAGAAAUUGGACACAUUAAUGAAGGUGAUGGCAUCAUGGUUGACAAAGGUUUUUCUAUCAAGAAUGAAGUUGAAAAACUAGGUUUGAAACUGAAUAUACCUCCAAAAGGAAAGACAGGAAAACAAUUCAACAUGGGAGAAAAUUCAUGUACAGAAAAAGUGGCAAAGCACAGAGUUCACAUUGAGAGACUUAUUAACAAGGUGAAACAAUAUAAAUUAUUGUCAAAUUGUGUUCCAACAUCUCUAUUCUCAAGGAUAAACAAGAUUUGGUCUGUUUGUUGCCACCUGACAUUAUUUCAGGAUGUUUUUGUUAAGUAAUGGUGCAUAUCUAAGUUGUUCAAUGAGGCCAAGCUACUACUGUAUACAGCAACUCGUAAUAAAACAAACUUUCAAACACUUCUGAAAUGUUUUAAGUUAGUUGCACCUCUUUGACAUAGAUAUGUAAAUAUAUACCUGAUAAG